GUAGAAAGAAAAACCAACCGUCCAUCGAGAAGAGGCAACAAAGACAGCACGAUGGGCAAACAAAUGUACCAUCGCCGAUCCCGCAAGCUGCUACACCAUCAUAGAUUGAACAACUCGGUGGCCCCAGAUGCGUCGAUUUCACCGCCGUCGCCAAAGAAGAAGGCGAAGACAACAAACAAUUAUCCAAAGCACAGCGGCUUUGCUCUUUCCGCCAUGGCGGCUCAGUCGUCCUGCUUUUUUGGGACCCACGCCGAUCAGUUUUGCCGCAACCAUCACCRGUUCCAUUCCAGCUUUGAGGAAGAUAUCGAUGACCCCUCCACUGCAAUACUUGCUACCAUGCGGAAGGAAACGAAACUGCAGAAACAGACUUYGAGCACCGCYRUAGCCACGAAGCGCGUCCACUCGAAGCCACCAAAAGAGUCGAUUCCGUCAUCUUCGAAGAAGCCGUUGUCGUCCUUGUGUAGAAUCUACGGUGACCAAUGCUAUUGCGAAGACUGCUUCGAUGCUUCGCAGAUGCUUUGUGUCAUAGCCGAUGACAAAAGUGACCCAAAGAAAGAUAGCGAUGAACKYUAUGRAGACAUAUUUKCCAAGAGCGACUCCGGGCAUAAUAUCGACUCGAAUGAUUAUGGCUACCGWCCACAUUUUGACUUACAUUCUCAUCAGCACUGGUCGACCUUCUAUCGCGCGAGCCAUCCGUUGUGUAAUUAUAAUGGCAACGAAGGGAACGGCUUUCGUCUAGUURACACGUGUGGUCUGAAAGGUGUCCAAGUGGAUUCUGUCGUAGCCAACUGUAGAGUUCAAGGCCGAACCUAUCAGAGAUGCUAUUGCGAGGAAUGCACAGAGUGGGAAGAUAUUGCUCCAGAUGAUGACGGCGGARAAGGAAGCGACGACGACGCUUGGAACACACAGAGAGAGAUUCUGUUUACCUCAGCUAAUCCUCCAGAAAAGAGUUUAUGGCAAGACCGAUCAAGUCCGCAACCGGACCAYUCGAAGAUAUCCGAUGAGAUAUCGUCCUUGUCUUUUUCGUCUUUCUCCUCCUCAUUGUCAUCUCAAUCAUCACCGAUGUUUUCAGUCGUUGGAGGAACGUUUCCCCGCAGCUUACAAAAGAGGGACCACAUUGCCCUGACGAGUGCACAUGAUGCUCCUUCUGUGAYGACUGGCGAAGGUCGGGAAUCCCAAUGGUCGCCGUUCAGCCCCCGCCAUUUGUUUGUYAGAGAGGAAGACGAGGACUGCCGUGACGAUKCCUAAUUCAUAUUGAGAACCAGUGUCUGUCCCAUGCUAAAAAGUGCUUCACUCCGCAGACCAUUCAGUUUUGAACAAAUCUACAGUCCAGGCCCGACUAGUCCGAAAUUACGGUUUUCAACGAACAGAAAACUCCAAUCCGUUCCGACCUCAUUGGAUAGGUUCCCUGCUACUGUACUAAAUCAUAGUAUWUUUU